AUGGCGCCGGACAGAGGAACAGUGCCUCACAGAGGGAAAACCUCUAGGACAUGGGAUGCCCUCAACCCCUCGUUGUCGCCAUGGAUCCUCGAUGCAGUAUCCGCCAUGAAUUUCACCCGCAUGACACCCGUCCAAGCCUCGACGAUCCCUCUCUUCAUGGCCUACAAAGAUGUCGUAGUUGAAGCUGUCACGGGCAGUGGGAAGACGUUGGCAUAUCUCAUACCGGUGGUGGAAAAGCUGUUAAGACUGGAAGAGCCGCUCAAGAGACAUCAUGUCGGUGCCAUCAUCGUUUCUCCCACCAGAGAACUGGCCACACAAAUUUACAACGUCCUGGUUUCUUUACUGAGAUUCCACCGUCCUUCUGCGGCGACGCUCGAACCGUUGGAUGCACAGGUUGAUUCUGUUCCAGAAAAUGACACAGAUUCCUUUCCCUCAUCAACACUGAAAGUUGUCCCGCAGCUGCUGGUGGGCGGUUACACCACACCCGCGCAAGACCUGAGUAAAUUCCUCAAGACUUCCCCGAAUGUGUUGGUUGCGACACCAGGCCGCCUUGUCGACAUCAUGACCUCAAGAGAUGUCCACUACCCGAAAUCUUCGUUCGAGAUGCUCGUGCUUGACGAGGCCGACCGAUUGCUCGACCACGGGUUUAAGGACGAGCUGACCAAGAUUCUGAACCUCCUACCAAAGGAGCGGAGAACAGGUCUCUUCAGUGCAAGUGUGAGCGAAGCACUAGAUCAACUGAUUCGCGUGGGUCUGCGGAAUCCUGUGAAGAUCGAAGUCAAAGUAAAAGGCGCAAACGGAGUGGAAGACAAGCGGACGCCAGCGAGUCUCAAGAUGACCUAUGCGGUGACUACAGCUUCUCAAAGAUUCCCAUUCUUAGCAGCUCUACUCAAGCACCUUGAUCCAAUGCCGCUUCGGACCAUCGUAUACUUGUCCACUUGUGCCGCGGUGGACUACUUCCAGGCCUUGCUCCCGUCUAUCAUGCCCUCGGAAGCGGUGCUUGUGCCUUUACAUGGUAAGCAUCCGGCGAAUGUGCGAGAGAAGAACUUCAUCCGCUUCACAGACUCAGCUUCUCCCUCUGUACUGCUGACCACGGAUGUUGCCGCAAGGGGUUUGGAUAUCCCCUCUGUGGACUUGGUGGUACAGAUUGACCCCCCUUCAGAUUCCAAGGUCUUUCUGCAUCGAUGCGGGCGAGCGGGUCGCGCAGGGCGCAAGGGUCUCAGUGUCGUGCUUCUCCUCCCUCACGAGCAAGACUACGUGGAAUUUCUGAAAGUCCGACACACCCCCAUCGAGCCAUUGAUUGAACCUGGCACUUCCGACCUGGCGGAUGACUGCCACGCGGCUGAGCAGAAAUUCUGGAAGAUCGUCCUCACGGAUCGCGCGUUGCACGACAAGGGCCAGAGGGCAUUCGUGAGCUGGGUGCGGAGCUAUUCGAAACACGAAGCAAAAUCCAUCUUCAGCUUGAAUGGGAUCGACUGGAACGACCACGCAGCUGCCUGGGGUCUAUUGAAGAUGCCCAAGAUUGCCGAGCUCAAGAACACCAAGCUACAGCCUUACGAGGGCGCCGCCGACGUCGAUUGGGAUACGUUCGGGUACAAGGACAAACAACGGGAGAAACACCGGAAACAAAUGCUCGAAGAGGGUGGUCCGCUUGUUCGCAAGGAGACGACCGACUCCAAGAAGCGCAAGAAAGGCACCACGGUCGCUUGGUCGGAGAAGCUGGAGCGCAAGGCAAACAAGGAAGUCAAGCGGUCCAAGAAGGAAGCGCGGAGACAACACGACAGGGUUGCAAAGAUGACGGAAGAUGAGAAGCGAUACGAGGCCGAGACUGCGCGGAUGAUUGAGCAGCUCCGUCGGCGCCAGCAAGCGAAGGCCAGCAACGCCCAUGAAGACGUCUUUGAAGGCUUUGGAUGA